AUGGAGUUGUUCUCCAAAGGCAACGCCGUUAAGUUAAUGAGUCAUCAUAACAUGUUUUUACUCGCGGACGAGGACCAAAAAACCAUCCGUCAAAGCCGUAAAGGAUAUUCACGGCUAGUCAUUUGGAUGGUGGAGACCGUCGUUGGUAACCCUAAGCUGAUCAGAUUAAGAAGCUACCACGGCACGUACUUAACGGCUAGCAGUAAACCGUUUCUAUUAGGCACGACGGGAGAGAAAGUGACUCAAACUCAGUCGUCAAACAACCCUAUGGAUGGCCAAACGCACUGGGAACCGGUGGGAAAUGGGGUUUCCGUGAAGCUGAAAUCGUGGUCAGGCAAAUGGAUGAGGGCUAACGGUGGAACGCCGCCGUGGAGAAAGUCAGUUACUCACGACGAGCCUCCUACGUGGAAGACCAAGAACUGGUCGCUUUGGUAUGUUAUUACUGUUGAUGGUUUUGAUCUUGAAAACAUGUCUGAUGGAUAUAAGAGCUCUCUUUCUUCUCCGCUUUCCCCACAUGUCCCUGGUUUGGGUUUCCGGUCUGCGCCCGGGUCGCCCGUUUCAGGCAAGCCAAAGAAGAGUCUAGGUCGGUUUGCUUCUUCUGGUUUAAUUUCAAUGUCUCCGAGAUGGUCCCCAAAACUUAACAUGAGUAUCUCCAAGCAAAAGGGGAAGAUGUGUAGCUUCAACGACAAGGAAACCGUAUCAGCAGUGGAGCUUUUCCGGAAAGCAAAAGCUGUUCGAAUUCUUAGCUGCCACAACAAGUAUCUAACUGCGGAUGAAGACGAAGAAACGGUUAAUCAAGGUAAAAACGGAUCAACAGAAAACGCUCAAUGGACCGUCGAACCAGUUAGCCAUUCCUAUCAUGUCAUCCGUCUUAAAAGCUGUUACGGUAAAUACUUAACCGCUUCGAAUGACCGGUUCUUGCUCGGUGCUAAUGGGAAGAAAGUGAUACAGUCAAAGCCGAGUCGACUUGAUUCAUCUGUUGAGUGGGAACCAGUGAGAGAAGGGUCUAAAAUCUUGCUCAAGACGAGAGAUGGUAACUACCUCCGAGCUAACGAUGGACCUCCUCCGCGCAGAAAAUCCGUCACACAUGAUAAUUCUCAUUCGGCUACUCUGGAGUCUAUCUCGUGGGAGGUUGAUGUAGUUGAGAUAUUGAUUAAUCCUCAAGUCAUGGAGGAGAUGGAGUUUACUCCAUCGACAACGCCGAGGAAGUCAGUGACUCCACCUCCGCAUAGGAAACCGUCAAAUUUCCGGCUGUCAGAUUCACAUUCUAGGACUCCGUCUACUCUUUCGUACAUAUCUAUUACAGAAUAUGUUGAACCUCCCUUGAAACAGGAUGGACGAAGAAUCUAUUAUAGUAUUGCUGAUGAAAGACACAUGGAAGAAAAAUCAUCUGCUGAAUAUUUUUUCAUGUUUAGAGGAAACAGUGUGGCAGAACUGACUCAGACACUACGAGAAGAAACAUGCUUGGAAGAUUUUGUGGUGUGCACUCGCAACCCCUUAAGUGGAAAGUUGUCUCCUCUUUGUUUGCGACUUCCUCGUAACAAUGGAACACUCCAUGUCGUUUUAUUACCCUCCAGUGGUAGCAUCUAUGAGAGAUGUGAGAAUAAAUUUUAACUUGAUGGUCUCAUAUAUAGAGUUACUGAAAUUGAGAGAUGUGAGAAUAAAUUUUUACUUGAAGCUCUCAUAUAUAGAGUUACUGAAACUUUGACUUGUAUGUUUUUGUUAAUUUCAUCAUUGGCAAAGAGUGGGACUUUUUGUGUGGUGAAAUGUUUAGUGAAGCAUG